AGGUCAUGAGCCGUGCCAUGCCCACAGAGACUGGCGCCUUACCCGUGGCCACAGGUAUCGAGAAUGAAAGCAAAGUGUUCAACCAUCUCUUGGGUUCCGAAGGCUCAUUGGUGGUAUCGAAGGUGAUGGCGCAGAAAGGACAUCCAAACCUCGUGGAGCUGCUAGGCUGCUUCGAGGGCUCCGGAAUUGAGGCGGUCUCGGCCUUAGGCCUGGAGCUGCCGCAAGCGGAGGAGGAACCUGUUUACUACUUUGUGACAGAGUUGUUGGAAGGCGGCUCUCUGGACCAACUUGUACAGCGAGGUCCCGUGUUUGAAGAGACCGCGAAGCGCCUAACCAGGAAGAUCUGCGACGGACUGCUGAGCUUACACUCCAAAGGUGUGGUGCAUCGAGACCUGAAACCUGGCAACGUCUUGUUCGGAUCGAACGAGCAGGGCGAGGCCGAGCCCAAAUUCAUCGACUUCUCUCAUGCAGCCUUAGCAGAGGAGGACGAGGAGUCCUUGCAUGGAGAGUUGGGAACACGCGGCUAUGUGGCUCCUGAAGUUCUCGCAGAGAAGCCCUACUGCUCGAAAUGUGAUAUCUUCUCCUUGGGGUGUCUGGUUCACACCCUCCUAAGUGGAAAGCCACCUAGGAGGCACAUGCGAAUCGGCAUGGUGCAGCACUUGCCAGCGACGGUGUCGCAGGAGGCACGCCAGUUCUUGAGCUCUUUGCUGUCCAUGGAUUUCAGAAGUCGCCCCGGCGCUGCCGAGGUCUUGAGGGAGCCUUGGCUUCAGGAGGAAUGAUCACAAGUUCCGGCAUGCUGCGAUUGACUGCAAGAGCGGGAUGCCAAUGAUGCGGCCGGAUCUUACAAUCUCUCUUUCAAUCUUUCGUUCCAUGAAAAUCCGGGGCCAGCCCCGUGGGCUCCCAAGAGGAAUG